ACAGGGUCUUAGAUCACUUGAGGAACAAUCUGUCUGAAAGGAUAAAUCUCAAAGUAAUUGCAAAGAUUUUAACAUUUGUCGCUGGCAUUUGCUACGCUCCUCAUUUUCAGAAUCAUCUCAUUCAUCUGGUGUUGAUAUGUUACCUGGACUGAAUAGCAAUGGCAAAAGUACAGUCUCAAGUGAUCUAACUUAGUUUUACUAUGAUGUUGUUGGUAUCAUAUCAAUGUCAUUUCGAGGUCAGGAAAAGGGUGUGACGGACCAGGGAUCUUGAUCACUCAUGCAUGCAAGGCGAAACUCUCGUCUAGACCUGUUUCCAGGAGACAUCCUAGAGUUCCCUUGUAAUAAGCACUUUUCUCAUUAUGGAGUUUAUUAUGGAGAGAGAGAUGGUGUUGCUUAUGUAGCUCAUCUUACCACUAGGGACUCGACCUCUCAGUUCCUCAUUUUCGGUCGCGCACUGAACUCAUCAGUGCGGCUGGAUCCUCUUGACAUGAUGGGCAAGAAGUACAAGGUGUGCAACGGUCUAGACAACAAGCACCCGGCCCGGGACUUCUACAGCCACAUCAAGCCCGAGAUUGAUGAGGCCAUAGGCAAAGCCGUUACUUUUGACAUUCUUUUCCACAACAGUGAGCAUCAGGCUACACUGUUUCGCUAUGGAGUGAAGAGGUCCGAGCAGAUUGAAAAAGUCUAUGCCAGAAUUGUCUCCACUUGGCGGGAGCCAUUUGAGAAGAAUAAGCUGUGAUCCAAAGAAUACGGAGGUAGAUUCUACGUCUACAAACUGUACAUCCAGGUGACAGGCUGAUUUAGCAAGGCAUUGUGUCUGAAAUGUAUAUGAUAAAUGAAAAUGAUGGAUUACAUUAUUUUUGUAAAUAUAUUGUAUGUAGUUAAGAAAUUGUCUGCCAUAUUUUAGACUAUUUGAAGACACAUUCCACAAGGGGGCGGUGAUGUCAUGACUAAUGUAGGUCAUAUGUGACUCCAUUUCCCUCAGUAAAAAUGCUCAUGUUAGUAUAAAAGUAAUACAAUAUUAUCACCACACAUUUAAUUCAAAAACACAGUCCAAUACAUUUUAUAUAUUUUUAUUUUACAUAUAUAUACUUAUUUUAUAAAGUAUACUUUUAAUCACCCAGCACCAGCUGCAUGUCCAAACAUAUUUGGCUUGUUUCUCGUACAUGGAGAAAUCUGGCCCAAGAUUAAACAUUUUUUGAAUAGAAAUCUUUUUAGAAGACUGAUCUCAAUGUAGCCAGUAUAACUGCUUGCUCAAGGUCAGCGCUUCUCUUUCUUUUUUAAACAUUCAGUUAAGUUUCCAUCUGCCAGCACUUCAAACAACAUUAAUCAUGUGUUUCCAGUCUUGAGAUAUAGUGUGUGUGUUUCUGAUUAAAUGCAUUUGACCUUUUGA